AUGAUAACCAACCUAAGUGGUCAGUGGUUCGAUAAAGGCUCUUGGGAAAUUACUCAAGAGGUUUUAAGUUCGAGUCUGUCAUUAAUUGCUAAUAGAGUGGCUAUUGAAGCUCUUAUACGACAAGUAGUUUUAGGGUUCGAAGAAUUAGUUGAGGCGUUGGUCCUUUGUAAAAAGCCUGGGGCAAUUGUUCCCUCAGGAUUGCCUCUAAAUGACCAAAGAAAUGGAGUAUUCUUGCCUCUAGUGCUUCGGCUAAAGCUGUGGUCCAUAAUUGCUGCCCAAUUGCCUGGAAGAACCGAUAAUGACAUCAAGAAUUACUGGAACACCAGACUGAAGAAGAAACUCCUCGGACGGCGCAAACAAUCCGCCAACAACGGGCUAGCUUCCUCCGGGCAGGACCCGAAUGACAACGGCGGUGACGACAGUCAUUCUCAGGGAUUAAGCAGCUCCGCUCUGGAGAGGCUGCAGCUCCAUAUGCAACUCCAGAGCCUCCAAAAUCCUUUGUCUUUCUACAAUAAUCCCGCUCUGUGGCCGAAACUUCACCCUUUCCAGGAAAAAAUGAUCCAAAGCCUUCAAUCUUUGAACGGAAUGCAUAACAUUAAUAAUCCUGUUAUGCAAAAUGUUCUUCCUGGUCAAUCCACUGCUCCUCCUUUAAAAAAUCCUCAAGAUUAUAAUCCUCAGAUCAACGAUUCGAUUCCGAUUAACACAAACAACAAUUUCAUGGACACAAAUCCUGUGCCAAAAGUGAAUGGUGUUAAUAUAGAUCAAUCGAAUGUGACGACGCAGCCGGCUUCAACAUUCCAAGCUGAGCUUGAAAGUUUUCUUAAUAACAAAGGGGUUGGGUUUACCGCACAGGAAGAUCAGCUUCCACAAUUUGAGUAUCUGAAUACUAUGAAUGGUUCUAAGGACAAUUUGUUAUGGUGGGCAAAUGAGUUCGACUCAAAAUCAGCUUCCUCAAACUCGUGGGAUUCGACGCCUGUUCUUCAAUCUGAGGGGAUGUUUCAAGAUUUUGAAUUAGGUUACAAUCUUUAAUGUGUUGAAGAAAAUUAGAUGACAGUGUGUAAUCUUAUUUUGUCAUGGUCAUAAGAUGAGAGAAAGGGGGAGACACAGAGAGAGAGGGAGAAAUGAUAUCACAUGCAUGUUUUGUAAAUUAUGUGAAUGAUAAUGUUAAUGUGAUCCUCAGUUUCUUGCAAUA